AUGGUCCACGCCUCCAAACUGCCGGAUGGGGCAACCCAGAAGCAGGGCAUCGCAAUGCUUCAGGAUCAUGACUUCUUCCUUGAGUGUAACCCUCAUAUGCAGAAGUUUGAGGCACUUGGCGAAGUCUCUGAGCCGGGUCUGCCCGAAGGCAUCAAAGCCCUGGGGCCGACAACGCUGUACAAGGUCACCGAUAUUGUUGAAACCAUGCCGAAAGGUAUAUGGGGCUCAAGUGUCGAGUCGAGCUACGAAUUUACGGACAUUCAAUUGGGACUCUUUGCACGCAUUAAAAGCCCUCUCAACGUGGUAAUGGACACGUUCUGGUCCAUUGAGGAGAAAGAUGGUGGCCUUGAGCUCGUCGAGGCUUGCGAGAUUAAGUGCUCCAGGCUUCUCAUCGGAAUCGUGAAGUCUCUUAACGAGGGUGGCUGUGAGUGA